AUAUGCGUUCACUCCACUAUACAUCACCUAACAAACCAAAAUAGCUAAGCUGCAAUGAUUAUCCUUGCUUAAGGGUUCCUAUUGGAGGCCCCGACUCUCGAUAGUAGAAAGACCUUGCUACUACAUACAAUGGCAACGAAUGUGAAUUCACAUUUCCGCAUGAUGAACAGCGGAUUUGGGAAACAUUCUUUUCGGCGAUGUGAGCGUGUGGUCCGGACGUCGGCUGGCAGGACGCGCACCGGAUUAGCAACAUCCACCUCGCGAGACGCGACCAGGAGCACACCAGUUCCUGUACCAGUUGUUAAGGACUGGGUGCGAGGUGUCGAGGCCGCCUCCUCCUCUUCACGCGCAGCUUCAUCAGGAGAUGUCGCACCGCCCUUCCGGCAGAGCCGCAGCCUCCGUCUGCUGCAGGCUGAGAGCCGAAAGCUCGGAGAGCGGCGUCUUGUAGCGUUCAUAUCCGCGGUGGCUUUCCUGACGCUGGCCUGGUACGGCCAGGACCUGCUCACCCAACUGGGCCGCAUCACGCGACUUCCGAUUGAGGAGCUUGACGGGCUGAUCUACUUCUUAGUGGGCUUCUUCGCGGUCAGCCUGGUGCUGCCCAAGUCGCGUUACACGCUGUAGUAGGGCAGCAGGAGAGAUGUCCGGUAUCAGGGGCGGCAGGAUGGCAGCAGUGAGUGGCAGGGAUGGUAGCGACAGCAGCGGCAGGUUCAAGUAGAAACAACUAACUGACCGUGUGAACGCCAGGGAUGGUGGCGACAGCAGCGGCAGGGACAACAUCAACACGGCAGCAGGGGCAGGCGUGGCCCGCCUGGUGAGCACACGCUGUAGCAGGCAGCCAAGCUGCAGCAGCGGCUAUGUAGCAGGAGCCGUGGGGACAGGAUUAGCAGUAGCAGCAGCGGCGGUUAGCAGUGUUGGGGAUUGCAGUAGCUGCUGGGGAAACAGCAACCGCCACGUUAACAGCAGCAGGAGUAACAGUGCUCAACGUUUGUGGAUGCUGCAACCGGCUGAGAUGCAUGAGGCACCAGCCUCGAUGCAGCUUGCAUCAUCUCACCAUCUCGUGUCAUCACCUUGACGCAUAUGUGAGCGAAAGCGCAAACCGAAGAUUAGGGUGGUUAUCGCUUCUACGCAAGAGCGUGGCAGCUUGUACAAUGUUACUUGCUCAAGGUGGCGCUUCGGGGGCUGACCCAUGCGCUUUGGGGCAACAUCUUUCCUUGAGAGGGCCGCGUAGGUAGGAGAAACACAAUAUUGACAUGAUACCGUUUAGAGCUAUUCUUUGGGGCGUGUUCCCCGUUCGUAGCUGCAGCAGAAAUCUGGCGGAAGACUGGGGAAGCUGCUUCGUUUUGCCCGUGUGGCUAUAGUUGUUAUAGGCGAGUUACAGUGAAGGUGGAGGGGAGGGGAGGCCGGAUCUGCAGUAUACGUGCAGGGAUGGCUGAAUGUUGAGAAGAAGAGCAUGAGUCGGUAGAGCUGUAGAGCGCGACUGCACGAGCACGUUAGGAUGAAAUGUAGCAGAGCGGAACGUGCGGACAUUCCUCACGGAUAUGUUAUUACGGCAGCGGUUCCGUUUUGAGAGUCGCGUGGGUCUUAUGCGGAUUCGACCUUUGAUGCUGAUCUGGGUCAGGCUCGCUCAUAUGCGGGGACUGAAGGGGGUUGAUGAUCUGGGUUCGGAAACUCUCAUGAUUGGGACUGCAAACCGGCAAAUUUUGAUCUGGGCGAGAUUGAGUUCGAGUCGGGUUUGUACGAGUGCGAGUAGAUGCUGUUGUGUAGGGCCACUGUUUGCCUCAAGAGUUUGCUAAUGACGCGUGCAUGUCGGGUAGGUCGGAAGGAGAGGAGAUGUCACUGCCUGUGGCUAGGUUUGCAUGGCAUAGGUGUGCGUGCAGUUCGCCUACUCAUUGAACAGACCUGCGAGAGAAGUGCAGCGGGGGCAUGAUCCGAAUGGAGUACGACUUGGUUGAUUCUGCCAAUCGAGGCACGCGUGGGUGGACCCUGGUGUACGUGUGUUCCUGUGGAAUAGGGCAUGCUAGGAGGGGAUUUGCUUGGAAGCAUGACGCCGCAUGCAUGGGGCGCUUUUCUCUGUCUUCAAACCAUGCUGCAUUGUCAACCGUUGUGUAAAGUAUUACUACUGUUAUGGAAGUUGGCACAUGUUGCCAUUACGAUGUGUGUUUUGUCGUACUGUGCCACGGCUGUACUGCCGGGAGCAUUUCGGUCGUACAAUUGUGGAGUUAUCCUAGGCCGGGGGCGAGGUACGGGGUGCCGUAGAGUGUAGCCGACAGUAUAGCAUGUUUGACUUGAUUAGCAAGACCUCGUUUUUUGCUACCUCCUGCGUGCCGUCCAUGAUGCUGCUUGAUUAUGUAGGCCGACUCCUAACAGUUAUAUAAAUACGGCGGCGUACCUUACUAAUACGACAAUGAUUGGAAGUUGCCGAGUGUGGUUGACGGCGCUUUCGUUUUACACAUUGACAUGCGAAUUCGCGUUAUCAAACACUGACACGCACAAACUCUUAUAGCCAACGCAAUGCGUGGUGUUUUCCCACGGAAUCCCGACUGGCUUGGAAGUGGGAUUCAAUUACGAACGAACUUAAUGACGCAAUGUAACAAUACAUGCUAGA